AAACAGACAAGCUUGAUUAUAUGAUACCGUGUCGGUAAUAAUAUCUUACAAUUGAAUAAAAAGAAAUAUUUAAAGAGUACACAUGAAUGGAUAAACUAUGUUACUAAUCGUCUCGAAAAUUACAAGUUAAAAAUGGUGGAAAAAAAUAAUGGACAACUAUUAGUUAUCAGUUGAGCAUUUCAUUCAAAGUUUACUAAAUUGUCCGAAGAUUAACAACUUUUGACACUUGUUGACAUAUUCAUUGUUGAAAUGUGUGAAAAGGAGUAUAUUUUGGAAGAUUAAUAGCAAGUUAACACAGAAGUUUACUUAUCCCAGUUUUCUGUAAUACGUAAGUAAGUCAUGUGAAGAAUCAUGUUUCUUUGUUGAUGAGUUUUACAGAUAAACAAUGAAACGUCUUCAUGUAUGGAUAUAGAAGUUGAUAUUUACAAGGAUAAUUUUAAUUCAACAAGGAAAAUAUUCUAGGUAAAUGAAAACAAAAUCGUACAACAUGGCGGAAAAAUUCAUGAUAUAAAUAUAUUCAGGAAUAAUUUUUUCAUCAAAUCAUGAUUUUCAGACAUCAAGUUUUGCACAGUUAUAUGAAAAGAAGCAACAAAAUGUUUCAAUAAUACAGUAACAAUGUACAAAAGAACACUUUCAUGAUUGAAAUCUGUAUGGCAUUUGAUGAUAAUGUAAUCCUGUUUUCAUUCAACCACUCCUUCAGCUAUGACAUAACAACAAGUCAAUACAACUUGUCAACUAGUCCAAGUGAUCUUUCCGAUACCGAUGGCAAAGCUAUAAAAGAGGCAGCAAAAUGGUUAUGGAUAAUCGUUUCUCCGAUUUUACUCUUGUUCGGUUUGAUUGGAAAUAUAGGAAUAUUGUUAGUCCUGUGGAGAAUGAAAGUUUGCAAGAAUUUGACUUAUAUAUUUCUAUUCAUUUUAGCCACGAUCAACACAGCUGUUCUCAUCGUUGGUCUGACAAGGUAUUGGAUAUUGGCAACUUUCAACCUUGACAUUCGGGAUAUAAGUACGCCAGGAUGUGUGUCACAACUAUUCUUAAUUUAUUUUUCUAUGCAUAUGUCUUCCUGGACUCUUGUAUGUAUAACAACAAUACGAUUUCUCAAAACAAAAUUCCCUUUCCGUUACCGAGCUAAAUAUUUUUCAAGAGCCUUGAAAGCUUCGUACAUUUUAACAUUUGUGAUAUGUUUGGCACUGGAUCUACACUUUUUUUUUACUAAUGGUCUAAUUAUGAUAGACAACGAAUAUGUAUGCAUCAAUACGUCUAUUGAAUAUUUUACAUUUGAGGAAAAAGUGUUUGUUUUGAUUGACUUAGCCAUGCUUUCUGUCAUUCCAUUCGUUAUAAUGUUCGUUAUGAACUUAUUUAUUGGAAAAAGAGUUUUUAAAUCGAUGGCUUUUCGUAGAUUAUCAAUUUUCAAUAACCAAAGCAGACGUCGUUUGAACCGUAAGAGCAAAAGAAUAACUCAAAUGUUAUUUUUUACCAGUCUGUAUUUUUUAAUUACAACAUUACCAGUCUCAGUUUUAUUCGUUGUAGACUCAUAUCUACCUGAUAAGAAGUCUGUAAAAAUGGAGGCAAAUUUAGAACUUGCGAAAGCAGUUCUAUAUUUAUUCCAGUUUUCGUUUUAUGCUGUUAACUUUUACAUUUAUAUUGAGAUCAGUGAUGACUUCAGAAAGAAUUUACCAUGCUGCAAUGCCAAAAAUGAAUCUAAUGAACGGAACUCUGUUUCACAAGGAGUCUCUUCUUUUUCAACAGCUAGUCGCUAUUUGAGUUACGAUGAAUCUAGAAAUGACACGAACACUGCUACAAAUUAUGGAACUGAAAGGGACAUUAAUUCAAAUUCAAAUACUUCUGUGCCUAAUUAUCAGUUUUCAGAACUUUCCGCCACGUGCCAAGCACUCCCGGAUCUCCCAAGUCGACAAUCCCUAUUAUCUGCAACGUGCCAAUCUAUCACUGAAUUACCGAACAGGAGUAUUUUGGAACAGUCAAACGCGGUUCAUACAAUAGAUCAAUCGGACAUGGAGAAUCCUGUGAGAGGAAAUAACAUUCAAGCAAAUGUAAUGUCCUUUGAACUUUCUAGUAUUUGCCAAACUAUUCGAGAAUAAGUGAAACGGAAUCAUCAGACAAAACUUAUAAUUUAAAAAAAUUGAAUGUACUCUUUAUGAGAUUGGGGAAAAAACAAAUGUUCCGCUGAUUUGCACUUUAAUGUCGAUGACAUAAAAAAAAGAUUAUAGACGUGUUAUAUAAACUAUUUUUUUCUACUUUUAUACAGAGCGUUUGUUAUAUUUAAUGUUUUUUCUGUAUUUAUUUUUCUGUAAUGUUUACAAGUAUUUUCUUCUGUUACUAGUCAUAAAAGAUGAUUGAUUCUAUGCACAAAAUA